CAAUUUGGGCUUUAUGCUUACGUGAUUCGAUUCCCGAUUUUCCCCGGUUCAAAACGAAGCCAAUUUCAAGUUCUCCCAAAUUUUUGGUGGCUCUGUCUUUUUUUUUUAGAGAAUUUCGCGUGUGUGCUGUCAUCAGAACUUUCAUGGUUUGCUGAUAACGCAAACAAGUGGCAAUAACAUAGAAAAAAUUAAACGGGCUAAAAGGUUUGAAAGGCCGAAAAAGUGAAAGCCAAUUCAGUAGUAAAACCAGUGCAAAGUCAAAAACUUGUGGGAGUCGAGUGCUAGUCGUCCUCGAGUCCUUGAGUCCUGCCAGUGGUGGUGUGCCAAGUGUGUUAAGUGUGCAAAGUGUGCCAGGUGUGCUAGUGCGUCCGUGGAUAACAGAUAACGGAUACCGGAGAAGCCACAACGUCGUCCACAAAACCAUCGACGUCGACUGCCGCCGCCGCCGCCGCUGCUGCUGCUGCCGCUGCAGGAUCGGGAUCGGGAGCGGGACCAGCAUCAGGAUCAGGAACUGCUCCACCAGGCCACCAGAGGAGCGGCGCACGCAGCGGCCAGCGACGUCGCAGUAGCAGCAGUAAUCCACACGCCGGCACAACGAAAGCGACCAGUGGCAGCGGUGGAGCUGGCAGCGCCGGCGGAGGAGGAGGCGGUGGCGGUGGAGGCGGGGUCAAGCAGAGCGUCAGCCGGAACAGCAAUAUCCGGAGCAGCAGCUCCAACAGCACCAUGGCCUCGGCCAAUCACCGGGGUGGCGGCGGGCGCGGAGGUGGAGGUGCCGUCGCCGGAGCCGGCGCUGAUGGCAACGCGAUCGUCGGGCUGCAGAUCGGCUCCGCCUGGUUUCAACGCAAGAUCAACCUGAGGCCGCAGCACCGCGGCGUCCAUUUGGUCACCGAGGAGAUCCUCCGACAGAUGCCGGAGCUGGCGCACUUCUCCGUGGGACUAUGUCACAUGCAAAUUCUUCACACCUCGGCGAGUUUAGCGUUAAACGAAAGCUGGGAUCCAGACGUCAGAGACGACAUGGAGAUGAUGUUGAAUAAAAUAGUUCCCGAAGGCUUGCCCUACAGGCAUUCGUGCGAGGGACCCGACGAUAUGCCCGCGCACGUGAAGGCCUGCUUCCUGGGCAGCUCCCUGACAAUCCCGAUAACCGAUGGCAAACUGUCGCUGGGCACGUGGCAGGGCGUCUGGCUGUGCGAGCACCGUGACCAGGCCGGAUCCAGGAAGCUGGUGAUCACGCUGACCGGAUGUCCGCGCGAACAGGCCCGCAGUCCGCUGUCACCCGUCUCGCCGAUCGCCAGCACGUCCAGUUAGGGGCGGCCUCGCUCCACCCGCGACAGCCGGUAAUCGCGGGGGAGCGACAAUAAUGCCAUCAUUUCGUCGAGGCGGCUGAUACUGCAGAAGAACUUGGCUAAGGCGACGGCCCAGCAGCGGGCGGCGGCGGUGAUUGCCGCCGGCAGGGGGGGAUUGGGUGGGCGCAUUGGUCAGCAGGAUGCACUGGCGCCACCCAGCAUCCCCGGAUUUGUGGAGACGAAGACCGGCCGCCUGCUGCUCCGCCAGCAGCUGCACCUCAAUCUCAACCUGAACGUGCAGGAAACGCUGCGCGAUGGCGUCGAUAUCGAUGAUGUGGACGAGGAUGUCGACGAGGACGAGGACGAGAACCUAGAAACCGUCACAACAGUGCCUCUUAACAAUGAACAACUUAAUGCUAAGGUCACAACCACAACCACAUCCAGUUCAUCAGCAGCGAGCAGUGCGUUAGCUAAAUUCAAUCGCAUCAUUGACUCCACUCUGGAGCGGCCAGCGGAUUAUGCCACCAGUCUGCCCAAGUUAAGUAGCGCCACCUUGCAGCAGCGCUUCAACCUGGCCUAUCCGGAGUUGGUGACCCAACAGCAACAGCAGUUGCAGCAAAAUCAGCAACAGUAUAGUCUAGAGCAACAAAUGGGUAUGGGUCACCAGCAACAGCAGCAGCAGCAACAUCUGCAGCUGCAACAGCAGCAACAUGAUGCGACCAAGCAGAUCAGCAGCCUCCAGGGGAACCCCAGAUUGGAUCGUGGAACGGGCGCCGUUGCCAACAGCACUCCAUUAACACUUCAAGCACCCAAAACUCCAGCAACGGCGACGGUGGAGCAACAGCAGCUGGAUCCGGGGAAUCCCCAAGACGACGAAGACGACGUCGACGAAGAAGAUGAUCAUCCCCACCACGACGAGGAUAAUCAAACGAAACGAAAUGAUGUGCAUUAUUUGUUGAAACAGUUGAAUAGUUUUAGUGAUAUAGAAGAAAUAGAAAUUGUUGAUAUGAAGCAAAGAGGUCAGCGUCCGCCGAUGGCCUCCAGUUCAUUGGCGACGAUGAUGCCGCCGCCAUCGCCGGCCCCUCUGGCCUCGCCAUCCACUCAGUCCCAUCGACUGGGUCCGCGGUUCGCCUCCUUGGGCGCCUCCAUCGGCGAGGACAGCUCGCAGCUCCUGCCGCACCAACAGCACCAGUUCGACGACUAUCUGUUCGAGUCCUGCCACUACCUGGAGACAAACUACUUUGCCGCCACCUACCGCACUGCCAUGGUCGAGAGCAGCUCCCACGAGUUCCGGCCCUCGACCAACAGCAGCUCGAACAGCUUCGAGCUACACGAGAUGCAGCCGCCCAGUGUCAUCUGCAAGGCGGGAGCACCGCCAUCUCCCCUGGUCACAAGUCAUCCUGGUCAUACUGGUCAUCCCCCGCCGCGGUACCAGUUCGAGUACCAGGCGGAGACCCGACUGACCACCAGUGGCGUGCAGACGGAGCUCACCGUCGAAUCGCUGGCCAAGAUGAGCAACUGCAGCGCGAGCAGCUCCUCCUCCCAGUCGACGAGGGCUCCCCCCUUCUUUCGGUGCUGCUACACCCCCAUCGAUCGCUGGCGGGAGAGGAGGCAGCAGCAGAAGAGCUCCCCCGCCGCCCAGCCGCCCAAGGACGUCUGACACUGGGCGUGGCAGUCCACUCGGAGAUCCAACAUGUGCCUGGCUAAUUUACUUCGGGGAUGCAAGCCGGGGAAAACUGGGAUGGGUUCGGAACUUACAGACAUGGUUCGGUUUAUUUAGUUAUUAUUUAUUAUUUGGCAAAAUACAACCACUAACUUAAACCCUCUUGAAUUGCAGUCAGUGGUCCCAACUAAUAUUUUACAAAUUUAAACUAAAAUCUAUAGACCUCAGACCAGGAUAUUUUUAAACAUAGUUAAAAUCGAAUACCUUUUUCUUUUAUUUCAAAGAAUUAAUUUAAAGAUAAUAAAUAUUUUUGAUUCUUGGCCCAUUAUAAUCUUAUAUUAAUAUUAAUAUCUGUAAUAUAUAUUCAUUCACUACUAAUUUUCUUUAUUUAAACUCCAAGCAUUGUAAAUUGUUCAAUUUAUCUUUUUAAUCUUUUUAAUUAAUUAAUUAUUUUAAAACCAAGAUCGAAAUAAACUGAACCAAUAGCCUUUAUAAAAUGACAAAAUUAAAACUAAAGCGGUUUGCAUCCCUGUUAUUUUGGUCGCUGUUCUCAUUUGCGAUAUCAACAAGAGAUUCCAUUUCGAUCGACAGUCGAUACACGAAUCAUGAAUCCCUAAUCAUGCGAAGAAACUUCAUUAUUGUACAAUUUAUAUAUGCUAAAACGUAAACAAGAAAUGUUAGUCAACCAUUUUUUAUGAACACACCAGCAACACACAGACACUCGCACAUUUUUGCAAUACACCAAAGUAAAUGAUUUGGAAAUUUGUAUAAAUACUUGAGAGCUGUUAAAUGUUUAGCAGAAAACUUUGAUUUCUGCCAAACUACUUAUUCCAAUUAAAUUUAACACUUUUCCGGGACCUUGAGACGCCCUUUAUUGGCAAUUAGCUAAAUUCUCUGCUAAGCAUUUAAGCAUUAAGCUAGCCUCAACUUAGGCCUAAAGUUGUAUUCGAAGAUGUUUCAACAGAAGAAAAUAUUGUUAAAAUUUAUUGAAAACGUAGUCAAGGACGUGGGCUGGGGACGACGCGAGAGCUUGUAUAGUAAGUUGAUAAAUAAAGUAAUUGAGAAUCAUGUUGAUAGGGGUCAGAUCAAAUAGAUGAAAGGCGCGCACGCCGGCACUUUUGUUUUUUUAGAUUCUAGAUUCCUUUUGCUUUACCUGGUCCGUUGGUUUGUCUAUGAAUUCAGCAUUUAACUUAGGAAAUUAUCAGCGUGCGCGUGCGUUCACCGAUCCCCAAAAACGGAAUGAAGCAAAAAAAAAAAAAAAAAACAAAAGCAAUUGUUACUGCGUUAAGACACUAUUCUGUUGACCUAUCAUUUAACCACUGGUUUUCUCGUUUCGUUUUGAAAGUUGAAGCUUUUAAGGAAUUGUUGUUAGAGCACAAGAGAUACUGGCUAUACAAGCAAACCAAAAAAUACGAAACUAUCCAACUCUUAAACCAACCAAGAGCAAUAUUAGUUUUAAAUCAGUUCGGAUUUGUCAAUUUUGUUGAGAACAUAUGCAAGUAAAAUACAAAUACAUCAAUAUAUCACUAACUUGAAUAAGCCUUGAGAUCACGCUUUGGUUUUUCGGAAAAUAAAUAUAUAUACGCAAUUGGAACACCAUCUGAAACUGAAUUUAUUUCGCCCACAACAAAUCAAAUUUCCGCUGUUCAACAAUGAACUGAAACACGUCUGGUUUCAGGAUCUUCAGCUGAGUUCUUCCAACAGCAAGUGUAAUCUGAAAGGGAGAAUCGCCACAACAAAUGAAAACCAAACAAAUGCCUUUUACAUGCCCACACGUACACUAAAAAGAAAGAAAAAAGUAACCCGAAAAUGGUAAUCAUUGUUAGUCAAUAAUGCGCUGAGCAACAUGCAAAUGCCUGUAAAUCACAAGCGAAGCGAACUAAUUUACUUCAAAUAUAUAUCUCCACGUUGAUUAUGUUAAUCAUUAACGAAUGGCAUAACAAAUAAGUUGUUAACAAACGGGCUAAUAGCGUUAGAGGAUUACCUAUUGUUGUAUGUUUUAUUCGAAGCGCACGAAAUUAAUAAACAUUAAAGUAAUCGCUAAGAAAGGCGAAACCAAAAAGACAACGUAGCUAAAGUGAAAUUUUUGUAAAUUUUUUGAUAUGUGAUGAUGAUUUGGAUAAACUAGAGCCACAGAGAAAAGAAUAAUUACCUUAACCUAGCCAUAGAUAUUUAAUCAAAUUAAAAUGAGUAGCGCAAAUGCCAGUGAGCAAAACCCAAGGAAAGCUAGCUAAAUUCUAAAAAGGAUAACCGGAAGCAUCAGUGGCCAGUUGUUAUGCAAUAAUCGUAGUUUCGGCCAGCCGAUGCACCAAUCAGGGUUCCUUCCGGCGGCAGGAUAAUAUAUAUACACAUAUUUAGUAUAUAUAUUUAGAUCCGAUCCAGUGGGAACUGUUAUUAGCAAUAUUGAAUACUCAAGGGCAAUUCAAUUGUGUAUUAACGACAUGGAUAAAUCUGAAUAGCGAACGCAUUGUAGGAGCCUAGUUAAAGAACCCCCAGAUGAGAUAUGAACUCAACAUGAUCAGAUUGAAAUGAAUACUAAGUGUAACUAAUCGAGUAAGUAGAAAAUAUUCAAUUGUACAUAGCACUUCAUUUACAAUCACUUGAUUUGUUUGACUGGUUUUGAUUCAGACAAUUUAUGCGUUACCCAAGGAGGAAUGUUAGGGGGAGAUAUAUUACCGACACGAGUAAUCACACAUGAAAAAGCUUUAAUUAAUUUAAUUACCGAAAAGAAAAAACAAGAGAACGUACUACGAAAUGUAUUUAACAAUAAUCAUUUUUGAUAUCAUUCCCAUUGGUAACGGAUUCCAUUGUAGAUACCUAUUGAGCAGCCAGUAAUUUAUUAACUAGUCCGCUAAGUCGUCAAUGUCGCCUAUUGUGAGUUCUAUAUAUUGCAUCAGAUAAUACAAUAACAGAGCAUAUAAGCUGUAAAACCAAACAAACAAGGCAACUAGUUAAAUAACAGAACCGAAAAAACGGCCUAAAACACUUGAAAAAAACCAUAUACAAAAAUACACACCAGACCACACCACAACACACACCAACACACAACUCGAACACUAAGCUUUUAUAAAACUAUUUAACAAAAAUAUAUAUAUACUAUGGAAAAUAAUAAUCCUGCCAAGUAAAAUUCGAAUACCUGCUUGAAGAAGAUACACCCGCUUUUGCUAAGAAAACGAAACAAAACAAAACAAA